AUUAACAAAGCUGCAGCUUCGAGGCCUCAGCUCCCGACUCCCGAGCCGGCAGCGAUUCAUAGCAUCAGCUAUUCAUCCGCGCGUGGUGCAAUGGCGGAGGCUCCCACGACGCCGCCGCGGAAGGCGAAGCCGCCGAUGUCGCGCCUCAUGCGGCUUUCCAUCAAGGUCGUGGACAGGGUCACCGACGCCACCCGCCGGGCAGACGGGACGCUGAAUCGUUUUGCGCUCUCGCUGCUGGACCCGCGUGUCCCGGCCAUCUCCUCCCCUUGCCGUGGCGUCGCCUCCCGGGACGUCAUCCUCGACGGCGCCCUCCGCCUCCGCGCGCGCCUAUUCCACCCGGCCACGACGUCAAAAUCCACGGCCCCUCUCCCCGUGAUCGUCUUUUUCCAUGGCGGCGGGUUCGCGUACCUCUCCGCGGCGUCCCCGGCCUACGACGCCGCGUGCCGCCGCAUCGCGCGGUACGCCUCCGCGGCAGUGCUCUCGGUCGACUACCGCCGUGCUCCCGAGCACCGGUUCCCGGCGCCCUACGAUGACGGUAUCGCGGCGCUGCGCUUCCUCGACGAUCCAAAGAACCACGGCCACCCCACCCCGCUCGACGUGUCCCGCUGCUUCGUCGCGGGCGACAGCGCUGGCGGCAACAUCGCCCACCACGUGGCCCGCCGCUACGCGUCCGACGUCGCCUCGUUCAGGAACAUCCGUGUCGCCGGCCUGAUCGCCAUCCAGCCCUUCUUCGGCGGCGAGGAGCGGACAGCCUCCGAGCUCCGCCUGGACGGCGCCGCGCCCAUCGUGUCCAUCGACCGCACCGACUGGAUGUGGCGGGCGUUCCUGCCGCCCGGCUGCGACCGUACCCACGAGGGUGCCAACUUCGCAUCCCCAGCAGCCGCCGCCGGCCUCGACUCCCAGGCGUUCCCUCCCGUCCUGCUCGUCAUCGGUGGCUUCGACCCGCUGCAGGACUGGCAGCGCCGGUACGGCGAGAUGCUGAAGAGCAUGGGCAAGGAUGUGCGGGUGGUUGAGUACCCUGAUGCCAUCCACGCCUUCUACGUCUUCCCCGGGUUCGACGACGCGCGAGACUUCAUGAUACGCAUCGCCAAGUUCGUCGCCGAAAGCGCCAGCGGCGGAAGUAGCAGCUAGCGAGUUGUCGGAGCUGGAGAUACAGUCUGCACACUGUGCAGUGGUCAGGUGUUUGGUGCAAGUGGCGUGUCGUGCGUCGCAAUUUGCAGCCUUGGCUGUGGCGUUUUGGAGGAUGCGGCGGUAUGGUUGCGUGGUUGAGUGAGAGUAGAAGAUGUGUCUGGUUGUUAUUGUUAACUUUCGUAAAAGUUUGGUCUGAUAAGUCUGAUGAAUGAUGUAAUUUUAAUUAACUAAUCAGGUUGGUGAUUUCGU